AUGGAUUUGCUGGGAGAUAUAGUUGAGAAAGAUGUUGUUCAACCAGGUGUCAUCGAUUCGGCACCAUCAUCAGGCUUUCCGGCUUUAUAUGAGCCCGAAAAAAUAUCAUCUUGGAAAACAAGACUACAGCAGAAAAGGCAGAACGCUCGGCCCCGGAAUAUUGGUAAGGCAGCAAAAAUAGCCCCGUCUCAACCUUCCGAAACUGACGGAGCAACCGAAGCUGAAAAGAUUCAUCGUGAAAACAUGGCGCUUAUAAGCCAGAUGUCUGCUGAACAGCUAGAACAAGAAAAACGAGACAUUUUGGAAUCCUUGGAUCCAAAAGUGGUCCAGGGUCUCAUGAAAAGACUUUCCAAACGCGAAGCUAACGAUUCAGGAGAAGACGCAUUGAAAAGUUCAUCGGCACCGCUUUUUGCAGAAGUAGAAGGGGCUCCAGGAACAUGGAUCGGUGGAACGCACGAGAAUCCCGAUCUCCCGCGUUUAGACGAUGAUGCUGUGAACUUGGCACUUGGUAUAAAACCUCAAAAGCAAAAGCACGUCAAAUUCGAGCAGGAAGUCGAAGAGGAGGAGCCUUUAGAGGAAAUCCCCUCCAGUUAUUCAAGGCCCAUGCCUGAUGAUGAUGACAUAGCUCCGCAGGAAUACCAGUUCGUUCAGCAAAUGGACCAUAUGAAAAAUGAGGAUCUACUGAGUGAUGUCCAUUUCAUGAAGCCAGCAGGAUCAGACGUCCCCGAAUUUGAGUCUCUCGACAUAAACGACCCAGAUUUCGAUUCUAAGCUGCAUGAGAAAUAUUUCCCAGACCUGCCCAAAGAAGCCGAUAAGUUAGCAUGGAUGAAGCCAGCUCCUCAGAGAGCUCAUUCAGAUGUCAUACAUGAUGUGGCUCAGUGCAGGUUCGAUUUCGAUGGGAAUCUUGUCCCUCCUGAUAGAGGGGUUGACACUACCAAAAACGGUCUGCAUCACCAUGCAGACAAUCCGGAACUCGCCGGCUACACCAUAGGCGAGUUGCAGCAUCUUUCGAGAUCCACAUUUCCUGCUCAAAGAUGUAUAGCCAUUCAGACGCUGGGCAGAAUUCUCUACAAGCUCGGAAAACAAAGCUACGCGCAGCUGGUACCAGAAGUUGACGCAGACACUUACACUGAAAUGGGUGGUACAGCGGCGGUCCUCAACCACAUUUAUGGUAUGUUUUGGGAUCUUUGCAAGUCUCAUUUGGUUAUUGAAUCACUGACUGAAGCUGCAGACGAAAUCAAGACUCAGAAUCUAUCUGUUCGCAAUUACGCUAUUGACGCGUUGUGGCUUUGGAAAGAAGGCGGCGGAGACUUCAGAAAAACCACUGGCGCUGCGGUAAAGAGCGCUAAGGACUAA